CACGAGGCCGCUACAAUCGGAUUCAGUUGAAACGCCAUUUUCAUGUUGUAACAACUCGAGGAAAGUGCAAUUAGCAGCAGACGAGGCUACUUUCUGUUUGCCCGUGAUCACCUGGGGGUUGGAGAGAAGAAAACAUGACAGAGAAACGUUGAAGACAUCUGCAAUGAAUGUUUGAAUAGUUAUCAGCUGCACAGAACACAGCUGAAGAUCCUACGUUGGACAUGGCUACAGGUGGAGAUGAAGCUGGUGUAAUGGACAUGGCCACAGGAGAUGGAGUUGAUACAAAUACUGGUGAUGCUAAUGGACUGGGUAAGGCUACAGACAAAGGUGAUGAUGAAGGAAUGGAUACUGCUACAGGAGAAGAAGAUACUGGUGGAGGUGACCAUGACUAUCCUCUAAAGACCACAGACAUCACUUUCAUCCCACUGACCGAUUCGGUCAGAUUGGGAUACUGUAAGAGUUCCGACUGUGGCUGUAAAUCUGUUCACUGUCCGUUCUGUGACAAAACACACUUCAAACCAGCCAAGCCUUCACGGGUUAGAGAUCACCUGGAGCUGAAACACUUUGCACAUUCAGUCAAAUAUGAUGAUGUGAUAAUAGUGAAGUGUUUCCGGGAUUGUGGUGACAAGCCUAGAGGUCACUACCAUUGCCCAAGCUGUGCUAAACAGCUGUUGAAAAGAAAUGCUUUUCAUUCCCAUCUGGUCAAACACAUGAAAAGCAUGAAAAAAUCUCCUGCUUUGGUGACAGCUCCUGAUGAUAAGCUUCCAUCCAAAAUUGUUUUUCAAGGUGAAACUUUUGAGUUGUGUAUUGAGCAUUGUCAAACUGACAUACAGGAUCAUUUCCACUGCCGGUAUUGUGACGAGAUUUUUGUGGACCGGAGCAUGCUAAUCACACACAUGUGGAGAUGUCAGAAUGGAAAGGUUAACGAGUACACCAACACGAGACUAGGACAGGAAAUGGAUCAGUCAAGGACAGACAACUCUACGUCUGUGGAUUGCCCUCACCCAAAAGAUGUUGCAGACAUAAAGUGGCAUGUGUCUGUUGUACGAAGUAUUGAAGACAUGCCGGUAAAUCCGUGUAAAGACCCCUCCUGUGGCUGUAAGGGUAGCUACCAUUGUGUACUAUGUCCCACCUCCAAGUUUAAACCUAACACUGAAAGUCAUCUCCAGACCCACUACAACCUCCACUGGAAAAAACGCAUCCCGUUCAAAGAUUAUUAUGUCCUGAUAUGUUACCUGCCCUGUCAGGGGACAGAAGAGGAAUCUAACCCAUCAAGCUACCAUUACCAUUGUCCAGUGUGCGGGGAGUGUCGCAAGAGGAGGAACUGCUUCUUACAUCAUCUCCGUAUAUGCAAGGGGAACCGAGAGUCCACCCACAGGUUUGCUAUCGCUAAGUACAAAGAUGGAGACGAGAAUACAGAAAUCUUACACGAGGUCGAGAUAGCUGCUGAAUCUCUGGCUAAUAUGGAGAGAGUUGUCUCCGAUGACUCCCCAUUGGAAACCCCCAGGACUGAGGACGUAGCGGAGAGACAGUGUGAUGUGAGAGAAGAGGACAUCAUACCUGAUGUUCCUGUGAUUCAAGAUGACCCUGCAAUGGCUACAAACUACCAAGAGAAUGAGGAGACAUCCGCAGACCUGUCCUCAAUAGAUGUAUUUGGGAAAGUCACAGCUACCCUUUCACGGAGACUGAUAACAGCUGUUGAUCAGAGAACUAUGGACAGUGUCCUUAGUAAAGUGGCCAAAGAGACAGGUGUAUCAGUGGACUGGUCACCAGGGAUUUCUUCCCCUCAGUACACACUGACCGGUCAGCUUGAGGACAUUGUACUGACCAAACGUCUCCUGUGUAAAUAUGUGUUGGGAGUGCCUUCUCCAGAGACAGACUCACAAGGGUUUUGCAGAAAAUGUGGAGUUCAAGACUUUCUGGAUGAUGGUGAAAAAAAUGACAAGGCUUCCAAAAAACCAGAAAACAGCGUGGAAAACAACACGAUUGCAGGAAAUCCCUCUGUCAAACGAAAACGUGGUCGUCCAAGGAAAGUUCCGAAAGUGGACCAAACACAGAAAACAAAGGCUUCGUCUACAGACAGCUGUACAGAGACAUAUUUAAUGGAUAAAAGUGUAGAGGAAACGAUUGAGCCACGAGAAACAACGGAGACAAAGUCCAGUACAGAAAAGCAAUCUAGGAAAAGGAAGACAAACUCGCUGAAUAUUGAUGAAACGGCAAAUGCGCAGAACAAUUCUGCUUCUACAAUGAGUCCAAAGCGGUACUUGACCAGGGGCAAGAGGCUCGACUUCUCAGCUAUGCUAAGUGGAAAAAAGGUAUUACUGGAGGAGAACGAAAAUAGAUCAGAGAGAAAAGAUACAAGAAUUAGGGAUCUACAGGUCAAGUUCAAGGAACAGAUAUCUCAGACAGAUGAGGAUUCCAUUGAUAAUGUGACCCAACCUGUUAAAGACGAGCCUUGUGAAUAUAAAGGUUCCGAUUUUGUGAUGGACAGAGUAUAUCCGAAACCAGAAGUGUCCAAUGACAAAUGGAACAAAGAUGAUACAGAUGAUAUCUAUAACAAUGUUGACAAAGUUAAUGAUGUCAAGAUGAUGGGCAUCAGUAACGCUACACCUGUGACAAGACGAAGGGGGGACAACAUCGCACAUAUCCCUGGGAUAGUUUUCGAAGAUUCAAUAAAACUUGGACGAAAGUCAUUGAAUCUUUCAGACAAAAGAGGAAAUGAAUACUUGCAAAUCACUUCAGAUGCAGGGUAUUUAGUGAAUGAGAUAGCAGCCACUUUAAUUGAGGAAGAUCUGGGAGAGGAUGGCGGUCUGAGAGAUCAGUGUAAUUUAUGUGAUUACGUUUCAGACAGUUUUGGUAAUCUACAGCAUCAUAUGUUAAACAUCCAUCAAACACCAUGCUCUUUCUGCUGUGAUGUGUGUGAAGUCAUGUUUUUAGAUGAAUUAUCUCUUGUCAGUCAUCUUCAUCAAAAGCAUCAACCUUUUAAACAAGCUCAGAAAUCUAUUUUAAAUCCGGAUAUUUUGAAAUCGAAUCAUGAAUCCAAAACAGAAAAGAGUCAACACAGAAAAGAGUACACAUGUCUGAAAUGUGACUUCAAAACAUUUCGUCUGAAUUGCUUAUAUGCCCACAGGGAAUUUAUACACAGUGAUAUCCCAGUCUGUGAAUAUUGUGGGAAGAAAUUUGCUCGAUUCAUGCACAUGCAAACACAUAUCCAGGCUGUCCACACAAAAUCAAAAUCGGCCGUCUGUCACAUUUGCGGGAAGAACUUUGACCAUGUACGAUACAUGAAAGCGCAUAUGAAACGCCAUUCUGACAUCAAGGACUAUGGUUGCAACAUAUGUGGUAGGAAGUUCACUGAACGUACAACAUUGAAGGGACAUAUGGAGAUCCACAAGAAACCAGAAGAUAGGUAUUACAAAUAUGUGUGUGACUACUGCGGAAAGCGUUUCCGCAACAAGAACACUUACUCUGAUCACCUUAACAAACAUACAGGAGAAAAGCCGUAUGCAUGCGAUAUCUGUGACAAAAAAUUCACAUUCAAGAGUGUACUAGAUAAACACAAGCUUUUCAAACACACUACAGCGAAACCUUUCCCAUGUCCAAUCUGUAGAAAAGCCUUCAAAAUGCAGCGUCUUCUAAACCAGCAUCUUGUGACCCAUACAGGUCACAGUAAUUUUGUCUGUGAAAAAUGCGGAAGGCCGUUUUCGUGUAAAAAUACCUUAAAGCAUCAUCAUCCCAAAUGUAAAGGAGUGGUGUUGCGACAGAGGUCCGAGUCGAACGUGAUCCUGGUCCUGGCAGAGCAGGGCUUGAAUCAGUCGGAACAGGUCACGCUAUCAAAUUCAGUGAUGUCCCUGGAUCCCCAGCCAGCCAUCAUGGAAGGAACACAGAUUCUCACCCCAGAUGGAAUAGUACAUAUGGAGUCGACCCAUGUCAUGGAGAGUGUUAUGCAGGAGGGAGGUGAACCAGCACUAUACAUUUGUAGUGAGUGUAAUGCUGUGUUUGAAACUUUCCAGGAAGUGGAGACGCAUGUUCUUAUGGGACAUGCUGACAGAUCUAUCAAAGAGGGCGGAAUUCUCCAGCCCGAGCAUCUGAUGGACGGUUCCAUCGUAACGUCCGAUAGCGAUCCCUCGUCUACACAGACCAUGGUAGAGAUCCCCCACUCUCACGAGUCAGCUAUGUACCUCACCGAGAUGGAUGCCUCCACACUUGUUAAUCUAAGUGCAAAUGAUGAACAGGUUUAAAAUGUGAUUAUGCAGCCUUAUUGCUUUAUAAUGGAUGGAAUUAAGAAUCCCAAGCGAACAACUUGAAUCGUUACAAUUGCAGAUAAAAUAUAUUUAAUGUAGAAAAAAAGUUCAGAAUACUCGUAUUAUCAUGAUAUUGUAAAACAUGUAACGUUUGUCAGUUCUAUAUUAGGAACUAAUAAUUUAUUUUGUUUCUCAAAAGGCUAAACUGUUUUUUGUUCAAUUUGCUUUAUACACCUACAA